ACAACGAGUGCGGUUCAUUUCUUAUUUUCGCUCGCAAAUCGUUUCAAAGUAUCAUCGAAUAUAAAAUAUUUUACUUUCUGUUUUCUUCUUCGGUUGUUUGAUACUGAAAGAAUAUUUUCAAAAAUCUUGUGUGUUGUUCGAGCAACAGAAUCAGAUAAUGAAUUUUACCGUCGUAUCGAAGAGUAAUAUUAGAAUUAUGGCGUGAGUGCGUGUCCUGAUAAAAAUUCAGUAUUAUUUUAUCGGUGAAUUUUUUUUGUGCGAUUGUCAUAAAUAUGUAAAAAGACAAAAAGAACACCGUGAUAUUCGAUAUACGAACAAAAUCGCUACGUUGUUUGACGUUCCAGCGACCGUUUUAUGAUCAUUUUAUAAUAAUGAGACUGAUACAACGACCAGCCACGGAAUUUAAAUACAAACGAAAACGAACAUUAAACGCAUCAACAACACACGUUCGAUAAAAAUUUCUUUUUCCCGUUUGCUUAAUUUUAUUUUAUGUUCUUGUUUUGUGUUACACAUAUACAUAGUUGUUAUUUUUUGUCGUUCGAUUUGAUUUUUGGUUCUAUUUAUUAUCGAUUUUUAAAAUCUGAAAAAUGUAAAUUCUUCAUGUGUUUAAAUAUGAACAUUCAGUAUUUAUUUGAAUAACCACCGAUCAACAUCAACUCAUAUGGAUCAACACUGUGUAAUUCGACCGAAUAAAGUCCACACAACAGUCCGUUAAAAUGAUAAAAUUAAACACCAUCUCGUGGAUAAGUAAAAGCAUCAAAUUAUUUAUAUAAACAACGUAGAUUGACAUAGAAGCUCAACGGAAAAUUCGAUAACACGCAACAACAUAAUUAAAUUGUCUGGCGUGCGGCGCUUCGAGGAAAUACAAGGCGGAAAAAAUUGGCGCAGCCAUACAUACACGCAAAAAAAAACAACAACAACAUAGCCCAAAAAUUAAAUCAUCUCCAACGUUUAAAGAUCACUCAUUUUGAUACAUACACACUCUCAACCAAAUUAUUGUGGUUGUUCAGAUUUUGCAUCGGCACGAUCUCAUUUCUAAAUUUGAUUGCAACUAAAAAUCGAUUAUCGCCAAAGCUCUAUCAUAUUUAUAUCAAAUACGGUACAUAAACAAAUUUAAAAUCUCGUUUUUAACCAUUUGAUGGCAUCUGAACGAGUGAUGUGUUUUCGAGUAAUAGGAUAACAGUUGGAACGAACAUUCAAGUUGUAGUAAAUUGUUGGAGAGUAAGGUGAGUGAGCAGGGAGACGGAGACAAAGAGAGUGAGAAACAUUCAAGUUAAAAAUUUGAAUCAGACAGAGGAAAUUGAAUUUGAGAAAGAAGAGAAAGAGAGAGAGAAAUGUCAUAUUCGUCAGUAGUAAAGAAAAAUAUGGCUGCCCAAUACGGUAGUAAAACGAGCAAUUCAAACUAUAUCGUACAAAAGGCGAGUGGCAGUGCAUAUGGAUCGGCCACAAGUGCAAUUAAUGGAAAUGCUUCAAAACACAGUAGUUUACAAUACAAUAAUAAAUACAGUAUGAAAGUCAAUUCACAUUUGUUGGACCAUGGAUAUGGCGCAGCAGCGCCACAAACAUCGUCAUACGAUAGUACAAUGAGUACACGGCUCAACGAUGAAACUAGCCAUUUCGAAGGCUACACCAAUUCCAUUGAUGCUGGAAUUACAAAGUACUAUAAGGCAACAAAACGUCGCAUGAAUGUGGCAUCGCCACCGAGCAUGAAUAUGGCACCAACUCCAGCCAAACAAGCCAGACAUACACCCAACAAGGCUUCAAGUUCAUCGUCGGCGUCAUCAACAUCGUCCGCUGUUGCGGUUUCGAUGCCAGCAAAAAAACGCUAUUCAGAAGGCACACGGUAUGACACAUCGUUGGGGUUGCUUACAAAGAAAUUUGUCGAUUUGCUGCAAGAAUCGCCGGAUGGCAGUGUUGACUUGAACAUUGCAUCAGCCAAAUUAAAUGUUCAAAAACGUCGCAUCUAUGAUAUAACAAAUGUAUUGGAGGGCAUCGGUAUUCUUGAGAAAAAAUCGAAAAAUAACAUUCAAUGGAAGUGCGGCAAAAACGCUGAUGGUAAUAGUUCAUUUGGUUUUGCAAAUGAAGCGGCCAAUAAGCAACUCGAAUUGGAAUUGCUUGAACAAAAGGAGAACCAUUUGGACGAAAUGAUCAAAACAAUUCAAGAGGAAAUUAAUGCACAAUUCCAAAAUUCGUCGAAUGCAUAUAUAACGACCGAAGAUUUAAAGAAUAUCGACAUAUUCAAAGAUCAUACAGUGAUCGUUAUUAAAGCACCACCAGAAGCUAAACUUAUGUUGCCUGAAAACAAACCAUGGGAAAUUCACUUAAAGGCUGAUAAAGGAGAAAUAGAUGUAUUCCUCUGUCAAGACGAUACAUACCAACCAUCGUGUGACCCAUUGCUCGACGAUAUCCGACAAUAUGUUGCGCCGAUUGUGGAGAAAUAUCUGAGUCCACGAAAUCAUGGAAAUGGCAAACCAUCAUCAUAUCCAUUGAGAUCAGCACAACGUAAUUUGAACAAAAUUCUUCUUGGCACAGAGGACGUUCUGAGUAGUGAGUGCGAUUCGACACAAACCACAUGUACCAUGGUCUCAUCUCAAAGUAGCACACAAUCAACAAAAUCCAUCUUUGAAUUGGACAAUCUGAUGAGAAAUGUAUUCAACGAAACGGAUUCAUAUAUGCCAAACACUGGCAAUGUGAUGGAAUCGUCAAAUAGCAUAGUAGCAAUUGCCAAAGAUAUGAACAGUUCAACAUCAUCGUCAUCAUCAUCAACCACAUUAGCAGCCAUGCGAUCAAUCACUACACAGAAUAGUCAGAAUUCCAGCAGUGCUCUUAAGAAUGAUGUAAAAUUGAGUGAAUACAGUGAAUUUGCACCAUGUUAUGCAACCAUUCAACAGCCGACUACCGACAUGCAUUCACAUGCCAGUAUGUCGCAAUCAAAUCAUAGCCAAUCAAGUACAAAUGGCAACGGUCAUUUGUCGAAAUUAUUUGGAGACGAUGAAACUUCAAUGUUAUUGAAUAAUAACAAUCAUAAAUCCGUACAAAAUUCAGAUCAUCAUCAACAUACACAGGACCAUUUACCGUCAACACCACAACAAUCGAGCCGAAUACGGAAUUCACUUAUCUCAGAUAUAGUUAACUUCAGUCCAAUGAAUGGAAUCAUGUCGCAAGACAACGCUUCCGAUUUUCUGAAUGUAGAUGCCUUUUCACGAUUCCUUGCAAUCGAACCGCCAUUGGACAACGACUAUAACUUUACGCUUACAAACUCAGAAGGAUUAUGCGAUCUAUUUGAUUUUGAAAAUUGUAUUUAGUCAUGUAGGGCAGUGUUUAGAGUAAUGUAUCUGUUUUUUUUUUUCGAUGGCGUGUGCGUACGUAUCCAAAUCAUCUUCAGCUGCUGGUCUCAGAUGUUUUGGACAACGCAUGGUUUGGAAAACAACAAUCAAUGUCCACAACAAUGCACACAGUGGACUGCGAUCGAUGAGAGAAGAAGCGGUUCGGCUCUUUUGCUCGAUAUCGUGUUUGGCUAACUAGAGUUCAAAAACUACUAUUAUAACAAAUACUGGGGCGAAAAAACAAUACAAAUCAUUUCUUUUUUAUAGGUUCUUAGGCUACAAAACUUCAUGUGUGUCUAAAUAUUACAAAAAAAAAAAAAAA